AUGACGCAAUACACAACUUCCUUGUUAGCGUCUCGGUCUCUUUCAGAACUUUCUAGAGCUUCAGAGUGAAAGUACUGACCCAUGGCAACCAGCAGGAAUUUCGCCGACAAUUUCAUAGACGAGGAUCCGCAGAGAGCUCUUAAAGAGCUAAACGAGGCUUUGGAAGAGAAAGCUGAUAAUGCUGAAUGGCUUUGCCAGCGAGCUUACGCAUAUAUGCUACUGGAAGACUACAACAGAGCAAUUGACGAUGCCAAGAAAGCCCAGCAGCUGCAGCCAGGCCUGUCACUUGCUUUCUUAAGAACAGGUAUGGCAGAGUAUCGCCUUAAUAACUUCAGUGCUGCACAUCAGGCCCUCACAGCUGGAAAGGAGCUUGACGGUUCCAAUGAAGUCUUGCAAACAUGGAUCCAGCGCUGUGAGGAGAAAAUGGCAACACUCAUUCAAAAUGAAACUACAACCAUGCAUGUCAAACAUGACUGGUACCAGACAGAAUCGCACGUCGCAGUGACCAUCAUGGUAAAAAAUGUCAAGAAGGAAGAUUUGACUGUCAGCUUUGGUGAGAAGGAACUUACAGCUGCUUUAAAGCUUCCUUCAGGAGAAGAUUAUUACCUAAAGGUCCAUCUUCUGCAUCCUGUGGUCCCAGGACAAAGCACUUACAAGAUUCUCACAACCAAGAUAGAGAUCAAGAUGAAGAAGACCGAAGCCAUUCGGUGGGAGAAACUGGAGGGAGAAGGUAUACUGCCCAACGUGAAGCACUUCACUCCCAACCAAUACCCAUCAUCUUCCCACUACACACGCAACUGGGACAAGGUGGUGGGUGAAAUCAAGGAGGAGGAAAAAAGCGAGAACGUGGAGGGAGAUGCUGCACUCAACAAGUUGUUCCAGCAAAUCUACUCCGACGGCUCAGACGAGGUCAAGCGGGCAAUGAACAAGUCCUUUAUGGAAUCAGGAGGCACAGUCCUCAGCACUAACUGGACAGAUGUUGGCAAGAGGAAAGUAGAGAUGAACCCACCAGAUGAUGUAGAGUUUAAGAAGUAUUGAAGGGAAGAAAGGUGAUGGCAUUGGGCACACUACCAUAAUCAGAUUUAAAUCCUAAUUUUGGUCCAAUCUGCCUCCGCUAUUACAGACUAAAUAAUCCUGGUAUUGGACUACAGCAUAUAUUAUGGAUUCACAAAAAUUAAUACCAAUUACAUUUUUAAAGCACCAUGCUCUGCCCACCCAUCCACCCCCACAGUUUUUUUUCUUUCCUUCUUAAGGCAUGUUUCAGCAGUCUUCACUGCAGAGACAAGUUGAAUUCUAUGUAAUUCAGUAUCUAAUUAAAAUAAAAUGUAUGUUGAGCAUCUUAACUAAAAAUCUCUUUGGU